AUGAAAGAUGUCCAUCAGAUCCAUGCCCAAAUGAUCGUAACAGGAUUCAUCCAUCACACCCCAUCCCUCACCAAGCUCAUCUCCCAUUCCCUCUCAGCAGACCCAACAAGCUUAACAUAUGCAUGCAUGGUUUUCAACCACAUCCAUCAACCCAACAUAGUAAUCUGGAACACCAUCAUAAGAGGCUUUGUAGACCACAGCUUUCCCAAAGUGGCAAUCUUGGGUUAUGUUGAGAUGCUCCAAGAAUCCAAAAUCAUCCCUGAUAGAAUCACAUUCCCAUCAUUGCUGAAAGGUUGUGCCCAAUUACUGGCUUUCAAUGAAGGGAAGAUCUUACAUGGUCAGAUUGUAAGAUUGGACCUUGAUUCUGACCUUUACAUACAAACUACACUAGUUAAAAUGUAUGCAGCUUGUGGGGAUCUAAACUCAGCAAGGAUAGUAUUUGAAAAGAUGGGUACUCAAAAAAACCAAGUUGCAUGGACUACAAUGAUUAGUGGGUAUGCUAGAAAUCAUUACCCAAAAGAGGCCUUAAUUUUGUUUAAUGAGAUGGAGAAAGAAGGACUAGAGCCUGAUGAAGUGACCAUGGUUAGUGUUCUUUCUGCCUGUGGAGAUCUAAAAGAUUUGGAUUAUGGCAAGAAUCUGCAUUUUCACAUUGACGAAUCGGGUAUGAAAGUCUGCGUUGUUCUCGGGACUGCUCUAUUAGAUAUGUAUGCGAAAUGUGGGGAACUCGAUUUGGCAAGACAUGUCUUUGAUGCAUUGCCUGAGAGAAAUGUGGUCGCUUGGUCGGCUAUGGUUUCUGGAUACUCACAGAACAAUUGUGGCGAAGAGGCGUUGAGACUGUUUAAGGAGAUGGUUUUUGAAACUAACCAGAAGCCGAAUGAAAUCACAAUCUUGGCGGUGAUUUCAGCAUGCGCUCAAUCUGGUGACUUGAAUUUGGGUAGGUGGAUUCAUGCGUAUAUCAGUAAGGCCCAGUUGAAUCCUUCUAUCAGUUUGCAGAAUUCACUGAUUGAUAUGUACUCAAAAUGCGGCCAGAUAGAUGUUGCUCAUCGGAUUUUUUAUGGCAUGCCUGAAAAAGACAUUGUAUCUUGGAACACCAUGAUCAAUGGCCUCGCCCUUCAUGGUCUUGGUGUCCAGGCUCUGGAUCAGUUCUCUAUUAUGCUGAUGUCUGGAAUCCGACCGGAUGAUAUUACCUUCAUCGGGGUGCUGUCAGCUUGCAGUCAUGCAGGGCUCGUACUAGAGGGUCGCCAACAAUACCAAAACAUGAGAAGAAUAUAUGGGAUUGUACCAAAAUUAGAGCAUUAUGGUUGUAUGGUUGAUCUUCUUAGCAGAGCUGGGCUUCUGCAGGAAGCCGAAAAUUUUAUCCAAGAAAUGCCCAUGGAACCCAACGGCGCGAUUUGGGGGGCUUUGCUUAGUGCAUGCAGAGUCUAUAACAAUGUAGAGUUCGGUAAGAAAGCAGCAAAGCGCCUCCUCGACAUUGAACCGGACAAUGAUGGUGUGUACGUGCUUUUGUCAAACAUCUUUGCUGGACAAAAGCAGUGGGCAGAAGCGAGAAAGGUGAGGAGUCUGAUGCAUGAAAGAGGAAUCCGGAAAAUGCCUGGUUGCAGUUCUAUUGUGGUGGAUGGGAUUGCACACGAGUUCCUGGUCGGAGACCGUUCGCACCCAGAAUCUGAAAACAUAUAUUUGAUGUUGAAUCAUGUCAUUCAAAGAUUGAAAUCGGCAGGCUAUGCUGUGGAAACAUCGGAAGUGUUACUGAAUAUCGAUGAGGAAGAGAAGGAAGACUCAGUCUCUCAGCACAGUGAGAAGUUAGCUAUCUGUUUUGGGCUGAUGAAGACAAUGCCGGGUACUGAGAUGCUAAUCAUGAAGAACCUUAGAGUCUGUGGGGAUUGCCAUUCUGCUAUAAAAUACAUUUCAAAGGUUUUCCAACGAGAGAUUAUCGUUCGGGAUCGCAGCCGAUUCCACCAUUUCAAAGAUGGUUCUUGUUCUUGCAGAGAUUAUUGGUGA